ACACAUGCCUGUGCGUCGACAUGGGCGCGCACGGUCUGUAUCCAUGCCCUUGCCUACGUCGUGCAGCUCAUUACGUUUGAUCCACGCGGGGCUCCUGCGCCUGCACUCGGCACUUGGCGUACGGACGCGCAGGGCACACAGAGGUCUUCACCGCUGCUAGUGGUGGUUCUGCAGGGCUCAGAUCAUCACAGUCCUCUUUCAGUCGCGGUGAAACAUCUCUGGAUUCCUUCAGUGCUCGGUCGGGGAUGCGCAUCUGGACUGGAGAGUGUCCCGGGGACAUUUACGCGUCGAGGCGCUGCGCUGUACCUCUCCGUUUCCCCCUGCCCCCACACAGGAAAUAAUCCCACCGGUUGAGGAUAGUUUAUCUAUUUUUGACGGAAUGGCAGGCGCAAAGUGCCUUCUGAAAACGCCGAGUAACUUCCAGUCAUCUGCCAUGUUUGAAGGCUCAGAGUCUCUGGAGGUGGAGGGAGGCAGCACAGAGAGCACGGUGGCCUCGUCCAUCAGUGCCUGCAAGAAGGUGCUGUGCAGCAACAGUGUGCUGGAUUCAUCCGAGUACUGGCUGAGGAACGAGAAAGCUUUGAGCAGACUGGGCUUGCUGGACGACGAUGCAGAGGCUAGCUGCACCAUGAUCUGUUUUGUAAACCUUGACCCUCAGAAAACAGACUAUCGUGACGAAAAGAGCAUCAAGGUGAAAUUGGCAUCGGUGUCUCCAGACCUGCCAAAGCUUGUUGAAUUACUGACUGUCCACCAGCCGAAAGAAAAUGAGAUCCUACUGCUCGGUGGCCUAGAUGCCUCAGACUCUUGCCAAACACACCCACACUCCCCCCCUCAGGUCGGGCAGCAGAGAAGCGCAGGUGUGUGCCUGGUCCAGUGUUCUGGGCCGAAACACUCCAACCAACCCAGAAGCAUCAUCUUUGAUAUCAACAAGUUUCUGAUUGGUCUGCAGUGGGCAAAGGAGCGACAGCUUCAGCAGAGCCGAGCACCUCUGCAGCGAGUCGAUGACGAUACCAAUCGCUCCAUCUCGUCCAUAGAAGAAGACUUCCAGACAGCUUGACACCUUGGUGAUGACAGUGAGGAUGACGGCUUUAGAAAUGAACCAGAAAGUGGUGAUCUGACUGAGAGCUUGGUCGAGGCUGCACAGAAACACUGUGUCAGACUUGCAUGUCAAAGGGGACAGAUGACCCAUCAUCAGAACAGGGAAGAUGCUGAGAUGAAAAGAGAAGGCUAUCAGCAGGCAAGCCUUCAUUCUAAGGAAUCCGCCGGUCAUUAUGCUACCAAUCUGGCUGAAUCGGUCUUGCAAGAUGCCUUCAUACGUCUCUCUCAAGAUGAAACCUCUUUUGUCUCGGAAGCUGCUGUCAGCGUGUCCCUCUCCAGUCGCCCUUCCAACACCACAGGUCUCUCUAAGACCAAACAGCCUUCCCAACAGCGCACCUGCUCUUUUGAACUCCCCAAGAUUGUUAUAGUUCAAAGCCCAGAUAGUUCUGACGGGGCUGUAGAAUGGCAAGACAACCAGGUGUCUCAUGUGCCUGAUCAGGAAAUCACUGCCAAUGCCAGGCAGGUUCCAGAGAAUGAGACACAGGCCCAUACUCCACACCACAAUGGAGACCAUUCAUCAAAACAUGUUGAGGUGGCUUUGGCUUGUGCGGCCAAUGUCAUUGGUACAAUAACCAACCCCAAGCUGACUGAACAGCUAGCCAUGGAAUCAGCAUCAGAGGAGGACGCACAGGAAGACCUGCAGGAACCGGAGGAGAGAACUGACUACUCCUUCUCCUCGGCAAUGUGUAGCAUGGCUCAGGUUGCUGGUGCUGUAGCAGCUGUGGAGCUGACGGAGGAGUCAAGGGAGGUCUGUGAUUCUGACGCUGAUUCUGCUGAAGCAUUUACAGCAUCACAGGGUCUGAUAUCUGCUGCUGAGGCCUCAACAGCCAUCACCCUGCACUGCAGUGUGGCAGAGGGGACCAGUGUUGAAGCGUUUCGUGCCAACAUUGCCGAAGUCCUCCACAGGGAAGCGGCUGAGGUGCUGACUCAGCCACAAGGCUACAGGAGUGUUGCCCAACUGCUUGAGGCCACGCAUAACAAGAUAGUAGAUGGCAUUACUUGUCCAAAAAAGUCCUACAUGGAUGAGAGGGAGGUGGAUGAUUUGAUAAAUGAGGUGGCAGACAGCCUUUUCAAGCAUGCUUUAGAGAAGGCUAAAAAGAAAAAAGAGCUUGAGGGAACUGGAAAAGAUGCACCAAACCUUCAAGUAUUUCUGCAGGACAGUGUAAAUAAUCUGCUGUUUGAUAUCCUUUGCCUGACACAGAAAAAAAUAAGUCACAUUAGAUGUGACCAAGGGUCCUUUGAGACACAAGAGAGUGAUUCUUGUGCGAGGGAGUUUGCAACUGCUAAAGAAAGCAGGGAUCUAUUGACUCAGUUACAGUGCCUAGUUGGCCACAGCGAGUCUGCCAAUAGAGAGAGCCAGAGCAGCAUCCUUCACUGCACAGAUAAGCUCAACAUGGUUCCUGGGCGGCAGGAGAAACAUGUGCUUGAGGACGGUGAUCUCAUGGGGACUUCUUCUACAACACACAGCAAAGAUCAACAGAUUCAGUCAACAUGCAGACAAAGUAUUUUCAAAUCAGCCUCCUUGCCUAGCAGGGACUUCUCUGACCACCAUCAGAUCCAGCAGAGCUAUGGUGUCAACAAAGAGCCAUGGGGUGAAGUCCCAGCUCAUAGCACAGAGAAGAGAGGAAGACUUGGGACAAGCAGUGACAGCAGGCAGUCCUCCCUCACACCUCAGUCCUCCCUCAACUCCUACAGUUCUCUGCUGUGUUUGAGAAUGGACUCAGAGUCCAGAACUCCUAUUACUUGCUAUGCUGAUGAUCUGGCAGCUACCGUGGUGUCUAUGGCUACAGAGCUAGCAGCCAUCUGCCUGGAGAACUCGACUGAACAACCCUGGUUCUGUGCACUCAAAGGGACAUCUGGUGAAGGGCCAGAAGCCUACUUGAUACCUGCGUGCCGUUCGGUGCUCAGAAGAAAAGAGGGUCAUAGUGGCAGUGCUUCUUCCAAGAAACAUCGGGCACCACGCCUCAGUGAGAUCAAGAGGAAAACUGAGGAGCAACCCGAGCUGAUGGAGCGGCUGGUGAACAGGGUGGUGGAUGAAUCAGUCAACCCAGAGGAACUACAGGAUCCAUUUGCACUUUUUGCCUCUGAAGUCACCGCCAGGAUCAUGAAUUGCCCCGAGCUUAAUGUGAUAGAUACCUCCAAAACAGGCCAGCCACGCAGCAGGUUGCAGUGUGAGAGAUGGAGCAGAGGAAAGGCAGCUAGUUAUGAGAGCAUUCCAGAAGAGGACGCAGACCCCUCAGGCACAUCCAACACCCUGGGCCUUGGCACUAGGUUGGGUCACAACUUGAGCCGAGAUAGCUCAAUCUCGAAGCAGUCGAGCUGUGAGAGCAUCACGGAUGAGUUCUCACGGUUCAUGGUUAACCAGAUGGAGACUGAGGGCAGGGGCUUUGACCUUCUGCUGGACUACUACGCUGGAAAAAAUGCCAGCAGCAUUCUGACUGCAGCUGUGCAACAGGCUGCCUCAAAGAAAAAUGGUCACCUUAAUGUUAGGACCUCAUCCUGCCUCUCCAAACAGUCCAGCACAGAGAGCAUUACAGAGGAGUUCUACAGGUUUAUGCUUCGGGACAUGGAUAAGGAAAACAGGGAGUAUGGGAUUGCCAAGACUAAAGAGUGGAGCAACAGCCUGUUCCCCCCUUCUGCUAGAACACCCUUCUGUAUAAGACAGUCCUCUGUCCCAGACCGGCGCUCCUCAGACUCCAGACUGACUGUCAACUCACCUAUUAAAGCUAAUUCAUUUGAUGGAUUUGCUCGCAAUGUGCAUGGAGACACACUGAAUAUCUUCCCUCAAAUCUCGGUUUCGGCCUCAGGACUAUGUAAGUCCGAUUCUUUCCUCUAUCAAAGGGGUAAGUCUGACCAGAUUACUGACAUGCUUAUUCAUGAGACCUGGUCAAGCUCUAUUGAGUCCUUGAUGAGAAAGAACAAGAUCAUUGCUGAUCCAGAGGACAGUAUUGAGUUGGAGGCUGCAGGAGACUUGCCCCACGUACAGCAGUUUGCCAAUCGCCUCGCAGCAGACAUUGUAGAUAUUGGCAGGUCUGCACUAGGGGGCCAACAAGAUUCAGCUGGGGGUACAUGUGGGGCGCUCCCACAGCCACACGUGCCUGUUGGCGAAAGAAGAAGGGGGUUCAAACAAUCCCAUCUGGGUUGUGGUCGAAGUAGGUCCAGUCAGGAGAAAAGUGGUAUUGGGGCAGGGUCUGGGAACAGUGAUAGCAUUGUACCACGCCUAAGGGGACCUAGAGACGUGCCAUUGAUCCACAUCGAGGCAGAUCAGAAGGAUGAAGAUGCGCUUUUACACUCUGAAAGGACAGGAGUAGGACUGCAGGAAACAACCCAAGACAUGCCAUCUAUCAAGCGCACAGAGAGAGCUACAGCCAAUGGCAGCAGCAGUGAGAGGGACAAGCCAGCUGUGGCGGUGGCUGCAGUAGCGAAGAGGGACAAGCGUUCUAUGAGUGCUAGCAGUGAAGAGAGCAUGGGGAGCUGGUCCCAUAUAACCCCCGAGGAUGACCCCCAUGAGGAGACCAGUAGUUUUAUCCAGCUGAGCGAGGGAAAUGGAACCAGCAGCGCGUCCAGCCUAGGUUUGGCGGACCUGGAUGCUUUUUCUGACGUGCCCACUCAGAGCACAGUAAUCAGUGAGGAGACUGAGAAGGGCCAUCUGGCAGGAAACAGGGAGAAUGCCUUUGAGAGCAGUCCAGCGAGGACAGUAGGCAGCAGUGGGAACCUCAGGGUCCUUUUGGUGGUAAACUGUGACCUGGAGUCUGAGUGUGUGGACUCAGAGCUGAGAGUGGCUUUGCAGUGGAUUGCAGCCUCUGAGCUGGGCCUUCCUGCACUCUACUUCAGAAAGUCCAGAGAAAAGAGGGUUGCAAAGUUCCAGAGAGUGGUCCAUCUGAUGUCUCAGAAGUCAUGGAGGAUUGCGGACUUGUUUGGCGCUGUGGUUCAGUUCUGUAAACUAUACAAGAAAGAGGAAGAGGAGGGCCAGUCUCUGUCCAGCCUGUUCGACUGGCUUUUGGAGACCCUGUAGUGUGGACUAGCUUCUGCAUACUGCAAACACACAUGCUCACUCACUCACUCUAUUAAUGUGUUCCUCACUGUUAGCCAUGUCCCGUCUCUUACACGAAGCAUCUCUGACAGCAAGCUGGAAGCCAGACUCAAUCAGCAUACUUGAGAUACCCAUACACCAUAAUAUGUCCAUGGAAGUUGUGUCUAGUUUCUGAUCACCCGCCAUAAAUGGACAAGUCUCCCUUUAAUAAAAGCAUGUUUUUGUUUUCAGAUUCACUCCUCUUGUGACACACGACGCAGAGCAAACUGUAGGUGUUCUGGUUGGACAUUCCUGGUAUGGAAUGAGCUAGCCUUCAAGAGAUUAUAGUCAGCAGGUUUUAACUGCUCCAGAUAAUAUAUGAAUAAAUAACUAUAUAUUUACAGAUUCACACUACCAAAUAUGUUUAUUUAUUUAUUUACUCCUAUUGAACACACAUGAAGCAAAGUACGAAUAGAUAUAGAAAAAUCAGGUGAAAUUCUCAAAACAACUCAACAUGCUUGAACCUUUUCUAUCAAAACUACAUUGUAUAAGAAGCUAGGAGAAGAUAUGUAAGCUCUUUUAAACUCUUAUGAUAGCCACUUAGAAGUGCACAUUGCUGAAAGUAGCAAAAUGUCCAUAUCUUUGUUGUAUUCAUUGGCCAAACAUCCCACCUCUGUUGUGACCAUGAAUUGGGUAAUAAGUAAGUGUGUUAUCUUGUUACUGUUACUUGAGAACUGAUUAUUUUGGAUAGCUGUACUGUAUAUACUGUAGAUUUGGAACUGCUGCACCUUGGAGUAGUGGACUGCUCUCUUUAGCUUUUACUGCGUCAGGAAGACAGAGUAAGGUUUGUAAUGUUGAAUUUGUAUGUGAAUUUUGUCUGUUUAUUUCUCUACUUAGUGGUACUCUAGUGUUACAUCAGCAUUGAGGGGGAUAAAAAGCACACAAUUCAGCUGUAAACUCUGUUACACGGUAGAACUGAAUGUAUUUAUCUUUUGACAUAAAUAAAUCUCUGUGAUGUGAAA